AAGCGCAAGAAGUCAUAUCGAUAGACUACAAGACAGUUAGGAGACUCUAUUUACGUAUUUGAGGGUUCUCAAUCCUGCCAUGGCGUCUGAAACGGCGCCUAAGGUGCCUGUUUAUUCUGUUAAUGACCUGAAAACCACCACCGAUGAUGCCGUUGUCGCAUACUUAACCACCCUUCCAGACCCGUACAAGUUCACCCAGAACCAUCUGAAGUCGAAUGUCCGCUUCGCGUUGGGCUAUGGCGGAGUCGCAAUUGCAGGAUUUACAUUCUACGCAGACCGUAAGCUGGGCUGGGAAGCUACCAGAUCACCUUGGAUUAUAGCAGCGGUGGUUUCAUACUUUGUUCUCAAUUCCCUUCUUACGAUUUGGAUAUGGGCUGUGGAGGCUGGUGAGAUAUUCCAAGGGAGCAGAAAAACAGGUGAAGCGAUCUCUGUUAGUUCGUCAGCGAAAAAGCAUUCCCCGUUCUAUAAGCUGCAUAUCCUAUACAAGUCCUCCUCGAACGAGGUAAUUCAAGAGAAAGAAUUCGAGACUUCGUUCACGACUUGGUUCUCUUCAGAGGGUAUUUUGCACCCGGAGCCUCUUCGACGAUGGCUGGCGGGCGAAAUUGAAGUUUUGCAACGCGCUGCGGAAGAAAACGAGAAGCAAACCGGUGGCUUAUCCGCUCAUGUAGGAAAGCAGGGAGGUUCUAAAAAGAAAAGGUGA